AUAUAUAUAUAUAGGUAUUAUCUUACUAUUAUUGUCGGACGACAGUAAUGUAAACGAUAGUACGUAAUACAUAUACGUAUACACGUAUAUACAUACAUAUAUAUGUAUAAUAUUAUUGCGCGGGAACGCAAAACGUGCCGGUAAUAUGAAAUAAGAAGAAGAGAUAAAUAAAAGAAGAAAAAGAAGAAGAAGAAGAAGAAAAGAGUGGAAAAAGUGCAAAGUGUUUUGUCGUUUUAUAUCACCGAUAAGCGAAAUAAUAAUAAGUCGUCGUAUGGUGUCGCCACAAUAGCUAACGAUGAACAACGCGUGGUGGAGGAUGACGAUGAUAGGGAGGAAGACGACAAAUUCUACGAAGAAAUCGAUGAUGAAAAUCGAAUCUCCGUCGACAACUAUGAGGUAGUGGUCGUCGGACACGUGCUGUGUGCCCUGGGUGAACUGUAGUGUGCGCGGGAAGGAUCGAGAAAUAGAAAUAGAUAGAUAGAUAAAUAGAUAGAUAGAUAUAUAUAUAUAGAUAGAGAGAGAGAGAGAGAGAGAGAGAGAGAGAGAGAGAAAGAUAGAUAGAGAGAGAGAAAGCGAGAGAGAGAGAAAAAGAGAAAGAAAAAGAAAGAAAGAAAAAGUGGGAGACUAUCGCCUUUGGUUUCCCGCGUUAGUUCGUUUGCCACGAUUUUUCUCGUUGUACGGGCGUAGCGUUCUUUUUUUCGGGACCAAAUCGUCGGAGGCUAAGGAGAGAAGAGCUGGAGUCCACAGGGAUAAUCGAGCAACCCCGAAGGACGCAGAUGCCCCGAAGGAAACAGCACGCACCGCAACGAAUGAAAUGACUCUUCGUAAUAUUGUCCGAAGGACGAAGUUGCUCCUCUUCAACGGCCAGUCUCUCAAGAGUGUCUUCUUCUCGUAUAACUAUAGUAAUUAUGUAUUUACUUGACGUCUUUGAGAAAGAGAGGGACGGGGAGUGGUGGUUUCAUCCGACUUCGAUUCUAAAGGUAAGUAGUGGUCUCCGAUCGUUUGCAAAGCGAGCGGCCCGAAACCGCCGCACCGGACGGAAGAUAUGCGAAGCAAGCAACAGCCGAGGCCUUCCUUCCGGUGGCCGCAGCAGCGCGGCGAUAAUCUAACCGGGGAGGACGGCGUCGAAGGCUCAGGGCCUGGCACGGACCUCCAGGGCGAAGAGGGCGAUUGCGUCGACGAGGAUGGCCCCGUUAGCCCUAGCGAGAGAGGUUGCGCACCUGCGGCCAAAGAAGACGAAGAUGGCGAGGCGAGCGACGAGGAGGAUGACGAGGAAGCAUCGCCUCCCACGCCACCACCCGCUUCUGCUUCCGCGAGAUUGAACCCUACCAUCUUGAGGGAUACAGGACCACCUGACAGGGAACAAAUGAGUCCACGCUGUCCCUCGAGAGAUUCUCGGGAAUCCUCCGGUCCAGCGACCGGAAGUCCCCCACCCUUAGCGACGAGGAGCAGCGCGAGUCCAGUUAGUCCGAGUAGUAUCGUGCCUCUACCCCUUGGGACUCAUCCUCUCCUUCCACCGCAUUCGGCGGCAAUGAUGGCAGCGUAUCUUCAACAAACACAUCAACGACUCCUCCUCGGACAUUCGCCUUUAUCACGAGGCUCGGUAUCGCCGUUGGUAUCGUCCUCUUGUUCACCACCAGCCGCGACUCCAGGUCUCUUGGUCUCGCCAAGCAGCGUCGGUGAGGUAUCACCCUCGGCAACCCCAUUGCCAGCCGUUCUGGACUUUAGCACAAGAAAAGCUUCCUCGACAGAAGAGGAGGAGGAAGAGCAUAUUCUGAAUCUCAGUAAACCGCCAACGCCGUCCUCUUCGACGGAAACGAACAACGGCCCGUUGGAUCUGUCGGUGCCUAGUAGAAAACGACCGGGUCCCGAGGAUUCCUCGCCUCCACCACCGCGUAAAUCCUCGAGAUUGGCCGGUACGGCUCCCACGAGUCAUCAAGAUGCAACGGCAGCAGCCAGCUCACCGUCCACGUUCGGUAGGCCGCCGGUAGUGUCACCGUGGACGUCGCCGGUCGUGGCCUCGCACUUUCCAUACUUUGCCGCAGCCGUAGCGGCAGCGGCUACUAGUCAGCAGCAAUUGUCCCCGAAAAGUACUGGCGGUGUCGUAGAUCAUCAUCAACUUUGGAACGGCAAAAUGAAGCCACCAGCCGCGCUCGAGAAAUCGUAUCAACCUAGCGAAGCGACGAAGGCCUUGGAAAAAAUGAGCGAGCUGAGCAAACUAGGUGGUGAGGAUCUUUUCAGGUCGUCCUCGUGCAGCGGCAGUAGCGGUGGAACGUCCAUAGGCAGCACGCCGUCCACGACGUCGAGUAGUCGUCACAGUGCUUGGCAAUCUCAUUGGCUGAACAAAGGAGCGGAUCAGGCCAAAGAUGUUCUCAAAUGCGUAUGGUGUAAACAAAGCUUCCCGACGCUCGCCGCUAUGACAACGCAUAUGAAGGAAGCGAAGCAUUGCGGCGUUAAUAUGCCCGUACCACCCCCGGCCGCUGCUUUACAUCCCCAACAAACGACGAUGCCAACGAUACCGCCGCCGCAACAAUCGCACCAGCCGCAAACUUCGACAAGCAAUCCCGGUAGCAACAACUCCGCCGCUCCAACUAACAAACAAAGUCCAUCGGAGUUGAACCUUCUCAUAAAGGAAACCAUGCCAUUACCGAGAAAGCUGGUCAGAGGUCAAGACGUUUGGCUCGGGAAAGGUGCUGAACAGACCAGACAGAUUCUCAAAUGUAUGUGGUGCGGCCAGAGCUUCCGUUCCCUCGCAGAAAUGACCUCGCACAUGCAACAAACGCAACAUUAUACCAACAUUAUCUCCCAAGAGCAAAUCAUUUCUUGGAAGUCUUCCGAUGAGAGCAAGGGCGGCGGUGGUGGUGGCAGCGGUAGCAGCGGAGGUGGAGUCGGAAGCGGAGGAAAUACGGGUGGAGUACCGCCUGGUGCCGGAACCGGUCCACACGGAGGUAACGCCGGUGGCGGUCCCGGGGCCGGAGCAACCAGCAGUCAUGUCAGCGCCGUAUUAACUUGCAAAGUUUGCGAUCAGGCCUUUAGUUCAUUGAAGGAGUUGAGCAAUCAUAUGGUCAAGAAUUCGCACUAUAAAGAACAUAUUAUGCGCUCGAUCACCGAGAGCGGCGGUCGUCGGAGACAAACGCGCGAGAAGCGAAAAAAAUCAUUGCCUGUGAGAAAGCUAUUGGAGUUGGAACGCGCGCAAAACGAGUUUAAGAACGGCGACGCUGCGACCGGUCUGAGUCACAGCCUUGGAAAGCACGCCGGUAGGAUCACCUGCGAGAAAUGCGGCGAGAAGAUCGAGACAACCAUUUUUGUCGAGCACAUACGUCAGUGCAUAGGAGCCGGAACGGUCGGUGUAAAUCAACGUAACUUCUUGAAGAACGCACUCAUGUCGAAUCAUUUGCCAGCGACUUUGCCACCGUCGAGCGAAAGCGGUCGUAAAAGCGUGAACGAGGACGCCUCGUCGGUAUCGUCGAGGCACCACCGAUCGCCUUCUUCGGCUAGCGAUGCUACCACGCCAGGUAAGGACACACCAACGCCGACAACGAACGAAACUACCGGCACGUCCUCGCCUUCCGUCUUAAAUGCCAUCGAGAAAUUGAUCGAGAAGAGCUUCGAUUCUCGUGUAAGACAUGGCACGGCAGGUUUGCAUCACGCUCAACCAGGCGCACCUAUGGGCACUAGCAUUCUAAAAAGAUUGGGCAUAGACGAGAGCGUUGAUUAUACGAAGCCUUUGGUGGAUCCGCAAACGAUGAAUCUUCUUCGAUCUUAUCAGCAACAACAGCAGCAGCAGCAUUAUAAUGCGAGCGCAGCCGCGAGGAGAGAGCGAAGCGGCAGCGAGUCCAGUUCCAUAUCGGAAAGGGGAAGCGGUAGAACGGACACGAUGACACCGGAAAGACGUAUGGAUCUGACAACUGUUGGCCACGAGAGGCAUUCUACCGGCCAUUCUCAUCAUCAUCGUGUCACUCCGGAUAAACAAGCUACUACGCCAUUACCAGCACGUCAUCAUCUGGGUACGGAAGAGUCCGGUGACGAGGAGCCUAGCUCGGUGGUUGUCAAGAAGGAACCCAGGGACGAAGAAACGGACGAAAGAGGAACGAACGAGGAGGAACAACAGGCGCAAUCGUCGAGAGAGGUAUUCGUUAAGAAGGAAAUCGUGGACGAUUGUAGAGAGGACGAAGAGCAAGGUUCGUAUAAUCAUCGACGAAGCAGUCUUCACGAGACGGCUGAAGAGGGUAGAGAAGUUCCAUCGCCUCGCAUGAAUCCACCAACACCUAGAUCGACCAGCCAAGUUGAACAAGUGGCUCGUAGUCCUUGCAGAAACAGUACAAGCAGUCCUACUAGUAGCGAUAGAUCUGUCACCCCGAGAGGAACGCCAGACACGAAAGCUUCCAGCAGCCUCGGUGCACUCUCUUCCAUGUUCGAUAGUCUAUCCGGCGGUGGUGGAGGAGGUACUGGUAAUACUGUUGAUUCGCAAGGACGAAAGACGAGCAGUCAUCCGCUUGCGGCUCUGCAAAAACUCUGUGACAAAACCGAAACACGUGGUCCCAGUGGCAGCGGCGCGUCCAGGUCUACUUCUGGCUCCGGUAGUACGAUCGCACCUGGAAGCGGUAGUACGGUAGGCGCCAGUGGACCAGGAACCGGACCCACACCAGGAGCCAUUUUAGCCUUCAGUUGGGCCUGUAACGACGCCGUAGUCACGGCAGACUCGAUCAUGAAGUGCGCCUUCUGCGACACACCGUUCAUCUCCAAAGGGGCCUAUAGGCAUCAUCUUUCGAAGAUGCACUUCGUGAAGGAUGGCGUCAUCCCAGAUCCAUUGACAAUCGGAAGAUCGGCAGCAGCGGCCGCGGCAGCCGCAGCCGCUGCGGCAUCACAAGCGACUUCCGGUGGCCCGAGUCAUAGUUCCUCGUCUCCACCUACGUCUCAGCGCAACAAGUCGCCGCCUCUUCCGCAAGCGAACGGCAGCCCAUCCCAGUCCGCGGCCUCUCCGCUCGAGGAGAGCCCACACUCCAAGUUUCUCAAGUAUACGGAGCUGGCCAAACAGUUGUCCAGCAAAUACGUAUAGUCCGAGCUCCGUAAGUAGCGGUGCCACUUGUACAUAAGUGUAUCUAUACUGUAACGACUGUAACUAGCGAUGUGGUUGGAAAUUUCGCCGCGCGGACGUCCUACGCCAAUGGCAUUUUACUUCGCUUUCAAAUUUAUGUUCAAAGAGCGCCAGAUCGAUGAUAGUUGGAAAGUAAGCGAUUCGAUCGAUACCGUUCGCGAUAAGACGAAUCGAGGGAAAAAAAAAAAGAAAAAAAAGCUCCUUAAUCUUAAACCCAAUAGACUUUUUACAAUUUCACAUAUUGAUCUUAAUCGUUCGAUGAUAUUACGAAUUAUAUUAACUUCUUUCGUCGAAGAAUUCAAAACUAGUACUUCUUAAAAAUCCAAGAUCGAUAUCAGCUAUUUAGAUUUAUCAGGCAAAAGGUGAUGAGGAUAGGGAGGAAGGAAGGAAAUAGAAAAAGAAAAAAAGACAAAAAAAAAAAGAAA